AUGUCAACCCUAAUCCAAAACCCCGACUACGUCCCCUCAGCCCGUACCUCCCCCCUCGCCCUCAAACUCUACGACCAGCCCUGGGACGACGACAAUGACGCCCUCUUCAUCAAACACACCCUCGAAUUCCUCGUCACCGGCCAAAUCACCCCCCAAGAAGCAGCCACCACCAUCGACACCCACAUAACCACCGACUGCGCCACCAGACACACAGCCCUAAUGGCCCGUCCCGACCCACGAAACCUCACUCCCGAAGAAGAAGCCCAAAACCUGACCAUGUACCAAAUAGCCCCGAACCCCAAAGUCUGGAUGGAGAUGUUUUUCAAAGCAAUCACAAAACUCUGUUCAGCGUUCCCGCCCUACCACGCAGGCCAGAAUGCCCUUGUGGAAAUGUUCCAGAUACUGCACGGGAUGGAAAGACAUGAGGUGUUGUAUGGGCGGCCGCCGAUUGACCCGGCGAAGAAGUAUAGCACUGUCACGAUGUGGGCGCUUGAGGAAAAUGAUGGCAAUUGGGAAGAGUCGGCGGAUUAUUUUGACUUUGAGAUUGUUUAUGUUCUCGCUCCCUAUCGUUUACGGAAUUAUAACUCUGCCAUGGCGCGCCUCACAACCCUCGGUCUUGUGAAUUGUGGGUGGAUGGCGGCGUUGCGGCACCUUUUGCCUGGGGAUUACGAGUAUCCUGAUUUGAUGAAACGGCCGAUCGAUGGGCCGAAUAAGUUGGGGAAUUAUAUGCUUGCGGCGGCGGAGUGGGUGGUUCGGGUGGAUGAGUGUCGGUUUGUGUAUCGGGAGUGUAGCAAGAGGGAGAGGAUUCCGGAGGUGUAUCGGGCGAUGUGGAGUAUGGAGAGGUGGAGGGAGUGGAAGAAGCAGUUUGGUUUUGUGCAUGGGGAUGAGAGGUUUAAGGAGGAGUAUCGGGAUGUGGCUGGCCGAGCGUACCGGAUGAUGGAUGAGGUUGAAAAUGAGAAUAUGCAUAGUGGUUAAUGGGAAUACAAUCAUGUGC